AUGACAGUAAUGAAAAAAGGAAAAAAUAAAAAAAAAAAUGUGAAAAAUGAUGACCGCUAUAAAGAAUUGGACAGUUUAAUAAGCAGUGAAAGCGAAAUAGGAACUAACCCACGAUGGAAUAAAGCCAAAAAAGUUUUCAAACUAAUUGGAAAUGAAAUGAGAAAUAAUAUUUAUGUUUAUUUACUAAGCAUAUUAUAUUUAUGUGUCUGUGUAAUGAAUAAAGUUUUUGCAAAAAGAAUCAUGAAUAGAAUGGGAAAUUAUAGUUUUGUUACUUCAGAAGUACAAAACAGUAUUUGUAUUGUAAUUUUCCAUUCAAUUUAUUUUUUUUACCGUAAAUCAUUAACCGAAUCUGAAUCUAGUAAUGGAAACCCAAAAAGAAAUACGUUGGCGUUUUUCCUUAUAUCAUUAUUAGAUGCCGCCACAGUUAUAAUUGGCAUGAUUGGGCUCACAAGAACAACGGGAAACAUUCAAUCAUUUAUUUUGCAAAUGAAUAUUCCAAUCAAUAUGUAUUUUUGUUUCAUCUUCCUUGGAUAUAGAUAUCACUUAUUUAACUAUUUGGGAGCUUCCAUUAUACUUAUUACUAUAGCCAUUGUAGAAAUUGUUUUAUCUUUUGAAACCCAACGUGACAAUUCAAUUAUUUUUAACUUAAUUAUGAUUUGCUCCUUAAUUCCUUUAAGUUUUUCAAACAUGACCAAGGAAGUUUAUUUCAAAAAACACAAAAUAAAUAUCAUAAAAUUGAAUGCUAUGGUUGCUUUGUUUCAACUUUUUACUUCCCUUUUAGUUUUACCAGUCUAUAAUAUUUCAUUUUUGAAAGAAAUUUAUAUGCCAUUCUCUGAAUUGGGCCCAAACAUUAAUGACGGUAUAAAAUGUUUAUUUUAUGGACAAAACACAAUCGUUGAGAAUUGUGGUGUUGGCAUGCUUAAAAUGUGUGACAACUGUGAAGGAGCAUGGAAAACCUUUUUAACAUAUUCCUUUUUCAAUAUAUGUGACAACUUACUUGCUUGCUUUAUCAUUGAUAAAUUUUCAACAAUGACAUACACCAUUGUUAGUUGUAUACAAGGACCAGCCAUAACAAUAGCUUAUUACUUUAAAUUUCUUGCGGGCGAUGUUGUAAGAGAACCAAGACUAUUGGAUUUCAUGACCUUGAUUGGCUACUUAUUUGGAACAAUAAUUUACAGAAUUGGAAAUAUCAUAUUAGAAAAGAGAAAAAUGUUAAAAGCAGAAAACACCGAUGGAAACGAACCAGAAUUAACCUCUAUAGAAACAUCAACAGCAUAA